AUAGACUUCCAUGUAAAUCUCCUUUUUAUAAAACACAGGGACUAGUUAUGUAAUUUUAUUUAAAAAUUGGGAAUGAUUGUCAAAUGUGCCAACUACCCCCCUCAAAAUUCAGCGCUGUCCAAACGAGACCGAGGAACAUAAACAUCCAUUAAAAAAACGCCUAAAUCUUCCCUUCAACAAUUCUGUUUCGAGAUUCAGAAAGUAUUUGCGAUAAUCGGUGCAACAUGUCUUCAGUAAUCUCUCAAACAUCAUGUUUCUCCAUGGCUUACAACAGAUUACAUCUCCGUGCUCGAUCACACCCCCACCUUCUCCGUUCCAAGGUGUUAAUGGUGAUGAACAAUGAUGGACAUGCCAUAAAAGCAUAUAGUUCAGAGAUUAGUUCAGCUUUAUAUCAUAAAACUGCUGCAUCAAAAUCACAUAAUGAUAUUGUAGUGAAAGCCAAUUCAAGCACAGUAGAAGUUGUCAAUGGAGAAGAGAUUAAUGAACCAGAGGAACAUGUAGUCUCUGAACAAAAACGAUCAGCAAAGAUUCAUGAUUUCUGUUUUGGACUUCCAUAUGGUGGCAUUGUUUUUAGUGGGGGGGUUUUGGGGUUUAUUUUUUCAAGAAAUCCUGCUUCUUUGAUAAAUGGUGGACUCUAUGGAGGUGCUUUAAUGGCCCUAAGCUUUUUAAGCUUAAAGAUAUGGAGAAAUGGGCAUUCCAGCUUACCAUUUAUUCUUGGGCAAACAGGUAUUGCAGCUAUGCUCCUUUGGAAGAACAUUCAAACCUAUUCAUUGACAAAGAAGAUUUUACCAACCGGAUUCCAUGUUGUUUUGAGUGGUGCUAUGUUAUGCUUCUAUACUUAUGUGAUGCUGUCAGGAGGAAACCCGCCUCCAAAGAAGAUCGCAAGAAGGGAGUCGAUCUCCAGUAAACUCCCCUUGGCUCUUCUCUCGUUGUCGGCGAUUACAUCGAGGGGAAUGGGAAACACUGGAUCGAAUGGAGAAAGAAGAAUGGAAGCAAAGCUAGGGGGUUGCUCCGGUGGCCUCCUUGGUCGUUCCUUCUCUAUUCCAUUGGAAAAACCCGAGGGAGGAAUGGAAGGAAACAUCGAAGUAGCAGUGGAGGGAAGCAACGAUCCUCAGGGGUGUUUGGUUGUUUCCGAUCAACAGGAGGAGGGGUGGAGGAGGGUUGUCCCCAUUUCGUCUUCUGGCUGCUCCGAUGACUAA